GUUACAAUGAGACGCACCUCCCAGUUCGAAUACAGCUUCCGUAACAGACCGGAAGCGCCGCGACCAACAGAGGAAGGGGGGUGGUAGGUGUAUUAGAUAAUGGAUUUGUCCACUGAUUUGAACUCCAUUGAAGAUAAACUUGUCCAGAAUACUGAGAGCCUUGAGGAUGAGAUUGAGUUUGUCUGUGAGGGUCCAUUACGACCUGUCCUGGAAUGCAUUGAUUUAAUUAGUAGUGAUGAAGACUCAAAGUGUUCUCUUGUUACUAAAAAAAUGAAGGACCAUAUUGAUCGUCAGAAGGACAGAGUGUCCUCAACUCUCAGUCGCCUUGCAAAACAUGUUGAGGUAGAAAAAAAAAAUAGAACAGAGAAAAAUAAAGCAUUUCAGCAAAAACUGCAUGACCAACGUGCUCAUGGUCUUCAAGGGCUGGAGGUCUUCAAAGGGCUGCCUGGUACAGAUGCAGCAAGAAUUUGUGUUGAUCAGUGGCUUAAAAUGCCAGGGCUCAAGCCAGGAGUAGUCUGUUCAAGGCGCAGAAAUAUGAGUCGUUCUAGUGAACAAAGUCCUUUGAUAAACAAGCCCAUCAUCUGUCCUCUUAUCCACUGCAACAGAAAAUACGAUAAUGGUCAGCUGCUCUUAGGACAUCUUAAAAGGUUUGAUCAUUCUCCGUGCGACCCUUCAAUCCAUCUUCUUGGAGUUCCUGCAAAUUUUUAUUCCUGCAUUGCUUGUCUUGAGUGUUUCGAAACUCUUGAUGAAUAUGACGAUCAUCUGAAGGCAAAGGCACAGCUUGCUGAUGGCCAUGAGAACAAUAUUCCUCCUCAGGUUAUCAAUAGUUUUGCGUGUCCGUCAUGCUUUUUACUUUUUAACCUAAGAGAUAAAUGUCUACAGCACAUGUCUGAAAGCAAUCACUUCUUGCGAGCCAUCAAAUUAGAUGAUAAAGGGUUACCAUGUCCAAUACCCUUUCCUCUAUAUGCAAAAAAUGUUUUGAUUGCUUUGUGUAAGGACAUUCCAUUUCAAGUGAAAUGCACAUCCUGCAAUCAAGAACUACGUUCUCAUGUGGAACUUACUGCUCAUUUUAGAACACGGUGUCCUAAUGCACAUCCCAUGGUUUCUUCAGAGAAAACAAUCGCUGAGGUUAUGACAGUGUUUCUAGCUAAAGCCUACUGUCUGUCAUGUAGGAAGAUGUUAAAAAGUGACACAGACAUUGCUGAGCAUGCCCAGAGAAGCAACCACAAAGCCAAAUUAAUAACAAGCCUGAACGAAUCAAUUAUGGCAUUUUGUUACACCCAUGAAGGGAUCAAAACUCCAUCUGACCUGUGCUUAUCAGCAAGUAAUGCAAGAUUUAAACCUAAUAUGCUUAAAAGGGCUUUAAAUGACAAUGAUCUAUCCAGUACAGAUUUAUUUGUAAAUGAAGGAAAAAACACCAUGAGAGGUUCUCCUGCAAAGAGGAAAAUACAGACAAGAGAUCUGGGUAUCAUUGUGACAGCAUGGUUUUGUGAAUGCCUGCAGAAGUUUUCAACCGAGGAAGAUGCUGAGAAACACAUCAUGUUGUCUAAUGGCAUUUGUCACAAAUGUUUGGUUUGUAGUAAGGUGGCUAAUGAUUUGAGUGUUAUUCGGUUGCACAUGAGCCGGUUCCAUGGAGGAGCUCAUUUAAACAAUUUUAUCUAUUGGUGCCAAGACUGUCGUAUUGAGCUGCUGAGAAUUGAGAAUAUGAUGGCGCAUGUAUGUGAAUGUCACAAAGGUCACUCAUACUAUUUUGAGCAGGAAACAUGGGAGGAUGAACCUUCCGCAUCAACACAAAGACCUAGUCCAUCCAAUCUGGUUGCUUCGGAACCUUCUCCUACAAACACAGCAACUACUGCUGGACACUGGCAAUGCCACAUUUGCGAAGAGAUGUUUGAUUCUGAAGAUAGUGUUAAGCAACACUGUAAUAAUAUAAGUAUUCAUCAGUUUCACAAAUUCUCAUGUGAUAUUUGCAAAAGCCGAUUUCACAAAAUAGAAACACUUUUCCGACAUAGUCAGCAUCAGCAUGACGGGGAGAUAAACAUGAAAUACAUUUGUGGGCUUUGUGAUCUUUACUUUGAAGAUGAAAAGGACUUCCGUGGGCACUAUAAUGGUUUGCAUAGUUCGGAAUAUGGAUUUGUGCCAGAACAAAUGCAGUCUCUUAUAAAGAAUGAGGAGCAGCCGCUUUCCAUUGCUAAGCCAGAUGAGAACCGCUUAACCUGUGGUUGUUUAGAAAAUUUCCCAAGCAAAGCAAAGAGGGAGGAAGAACGCCGUCUCUGCUUGGCACGACUGCUACAAAAAGGAAGUCUUUGGUACAGCUGCAAAAACUGUUCAGCUACUGGGCAAACAUACGAAACCUUAAAGAUCCAUGGUUGCGCUAAAAGCCAGCAGUCACUUGUUCUUGAUAUUGGUGUAAAGUGCAGCUGCUGUUCCAAAUCAUUUCAAGAUACAGAAAGGGCUCUGCAGCACUAUCAUGAUAAACACUGCUUCCUUCAAAAACCCAACAUUAAACAUUUUGCAUCCCCAGAUUUACCAAAGGAGGUUUUUGAAUUUAAGGCCAGUGGAGCAGGUGCUCAACAUAGCCAAUCUGUAACCCCCCUUGCACGCAGACGGCUUGGCAAGACUCAGUAUAGCUGUUCUACAAAUGCUACUAAAAUGGAAGAUUCGCAGUCUGUAGUCCAUGCUGCUAAAAUCAAAAAGCCAGAAGAAGACGCCAAAUCAGAGAAAAUGGAUAUAGGAGAAGAAUCAGAUGAGUUGCCUGACUUGGAUUUUCUCCGUACCAUGACACACAUUGUAUUUGUUGAUUUGGACAACUGGGGGCAGUUGUUCUCACAUUUGCCAGGAUUCCUUAAUGAGGGAACAUUUGUCUGGGGCUUUCAUGGUGGUAAGAACAACUGGAAACGCCCAGUGAAUUGCAAAGUCUUCAACUACCUUUCCAACACUGGUUCGUUCUUCCUUCAUCCCCACUGUGGUCAUAGAAAGGAUGCAUCUGAUUUUGCCAUAUGCAUGCAUGCAGGACGUUUAGAUGAGAAGCUUCCAAAGCAAAUUCCUUUCACCAUACUCUCUGGUGAUAAAGGCUUUCUGGAACUAGAGAGCCAGUUUAAGAAAACUCACCGCUCUGCUCACAUUCUAAAUCCUCACAAUUUAGAAGGAGACAUGAUGUAUGCACUUCUAAACAGCAUAUGCGAUUCAACACAAGAUGCAAAUGAUAAAACAGAAGUGGAAGUUACAGGAUUGGAUGAAGAUGACAAUUUGAAAGAAGCCAUCAGAAGAAGUAUGAAGGAGAUGUAAAGCAGGAACAAAUACAGGGUGGGCCAUUUAUAUGGAUACACCUUAACAUAAUUGGAAUGGAUUCCCAUUAUGUUAAGGUGUGUCCAUAUAAAUGGCCCACCCUGUACAUUACUUUAAAAUACAGCUGUCAUUCUCACAGAAAAUGGAAUAUUCCAGAUAUUAGAUUACCUAGCACUUAAUCCAUCUUGUAUGAAGCAUGUCCUGACUUUCCCACUUGUUUGUUUCUAUUUUAUAACUUAUAGUUAACAUGUGGAGGUACAAACAUAUCCAGCUUUCUUUUACAUGAUUGAUUGCUACUCUGUUGGUUUUGCAUCAUUUGUUUGAUUCUUCAAAUCUGUGAUUGUCCUUUUUCUUUUUUUUUUUUGUUAUUUUGUCUUUUCCCUGAAAUUUGACUGCAGGGACACUUAAAAAAAUGUUGUCUUUGAUUUUACCUAUCUGUGUAUUAGUAUAUGUUAAUAUAUAUGUAAAAAAAAUAAUAAAUUUGUUU